AUGGAGACAGAUAUAAUUGCAGAUCUUCGAUGCAAGCUCAAAGAGGUCGAAGAAGAGCGACUAAAAGCUGCACAGUAUGGCUUACAACUAGUGGAGAGCCAAAAUGAGUUGCAGAAUCAGUUGGAUAAAUGUCGUAAUGAAAUGAUGACCAUGACUGAGGAUUAUGAACAAGAAAAAUAUACUCUUCAGAGAGAAGUUGAGCUUAAGAGUCGAAUGUUAGAAAGUUUGAGCUCUGAAUGUGAAGCUAUUAAACAACAACAAAAAACACACCUGGAGCAAUUAAAAGAACAACUGAGCAGAAGCCAUGGACAAGAAGUAAAUGAACUAAAAAAUAAGUUAGAAAAACUGAAAGCCGAAUUAGAUGAAGCUAGGCUUAGUGAAAAGCAGUUGAAGCACAAAGUAGAUCAUCAGAAGGAACUCCUUUCAUGUAAGUCAGAGGAAAUGAGAAUAAUGUCUGAGCGUGUACACGAAAGCAUGUCUUCAGAGAUGCUGGCUCUUCAAAUUGAGCUGACCGAAAUGGAAAGUGUGAAGACCACCCUCAAAGAAGAAGUGAAUGAACUACAGUACAGACAAGAACAACUAGAACUUCUUAGUACUAAUUUAAUGCGCCAGGUAGACCGACUUAAAGAAGAAAAAGAGGAGCGAGAGAAAGAAGCAGUUUCUUACUAUAAUGCCUUAGAGAAAGCUCGUGUAGCAAAUCAAGAUCUUCAGGUGCAAUUAGACCAGGCACUCCAGCAAGCCUUGGACCCCAAUAGUAAAGGCAACUCUUUGUUUGCAGAGGUGGAAGAUCGAAGGGCAGCAAUGGAACGUCAAUUUAUCAGUAUGAAAGUCAAGUAUCAGUCACUAAAGAAGCAAAAUGCAUUUAACAGAGAACAGAUGCAAAGAAUGAAGUUACAAAUCGCCACGUUGCUACAAAUGAAAGGGUCUCAAACUGAAUAUGAACAGCAGGAACGGUUGCUUGCUAUGCUGGAGCAGAAAAACGGUGAAAUUAAACACCUCUUAGGUGAAAUUAGAAAUCUGGAGAAAUUUAAGAGUUUAUAUGAAAGUACAGAAUCUAAACUUCCUGCCAGCUCUGGCGCUCCGGCAGAUAACACUUAUUACAUGGAUUUACUUCAGAUACAGCUCGACAACUUAAACAAAGAAAAUGAAAGCACUAAAGGUGAAUUGUCCAUACAGCGAAUGAAAGCAUUAUUUGAGAGCCAACGGGCUUUGGCUAUUGAGAGAAAACUUUUUGCAAAUGAAAGAUGCCUCCAGCUCUCCCAAAGUGAAAAUAUGAAACUGAGAGCUAAACUAGAUGAGCUAAAACUGAAGUAUGAACCUGAAGAGAAAAUUGAGGUGCCUGUACCCAAAAAGAGGCGGGAGGUCCUGCCUGUGGAUGUAACCACCCCUAACAAUGUAUGUGCCAAAAGUGCUGUUGGGGAAGAAGUUUAUAGAUUACCACCUCAGAAAGACGAGGCUCAGUGCUGUCCAAGCAAUUCUGAAGAUAACUUGCAGUUAGAAAAGACAGUUUCUAUAAAUACACCAGGAAUCAAUCUCUCUCCUCACAAAAGUCUGCCCAUGGACAUUCAGCCAAAGAAGGAAAAGAAAUGUGUGAAACUUACAGGAUUUUCAACUGACUCUGAAGCCUUAAGUGAAAGAAGUGGAAACACCCCCAAUUCUCCCAGUCUUUAGUGUUAUUAAAGGUGGUGCUCUACAGUGAAAGCAUCUAACAAUGUGAGCUGCUGUUACUAUUAGGAGAAGUACAGUUGACCCUUGACCAACACAGGUUUGAACUGCGCGGCUCCACUUAUAUGCGGACUUUUUUCCCUAAAUACAUUGUUGUAAAUGUAUUUUCCUUCUGAUUUUCUCUUAAAACGUUUUCUUUUCUCUAGCUUUACUUUAAGAAUACAGUAUAUAGUAUAUAUAUACAAAAUGUGUGUUAAUUGAUUGUUUAUGUUAUGGGUAAGGCUUCCAAUCAGCAGUAGGCUAUUAGUUAAGUAUGGGGGGAGUCAAAAGUUAUACAAGGAUUUUUGUGCAAAGGUCGGUGCCCCUAACCCCUACAUUGUUCAAGGGUCAACUGUAAUUUAUAACUCCAUUCCUUGAAUUUUUAUAUAAUAACAUUAUAAGUCUCAUAAAAUAAAAGUUUAAUAUUCUCAAGGAAAAAGUAACUUCAAAUGAAUUUUGUCUGACACACACACGCACACACACACAGGGUUCCAGGUAGUUCUGAAAUGAACUCAAUAGGUUAUGCUUGCAUAUAUGUGAUUCAUGGUGUAAGUGUGUUUGACUGUUGUGUAUUUCUGGAGGUAAAGUUCCAGAAUUAAUCAGUGCACACCUUGCUAUCUGUGUUGUCUUCAUUUCUUUUUCUGCCUUUUUUUGCUUGAUAAAAGUUACUUAAGCGAAUGUACUUAGCUACUUGUUUGACUCAAAUUAAGUAGCAUGUUGGAAUUUUGUCUGGCAAAUUAAACAAAAACAAAUAAAAUAUCACGAAACAUUUGUUUUUGUGUAUGUGUGAGUCCAUCUGCUAACUUAAGAUAUUUCCAACCUUUUGCUGUCUGCAUGAUUAACGUAGACACACAAUCCUAUGAUAAUAUUGUAACAAUAAAUACGGGUUUACUGGGGACUACACUAUUGCAUGUUUUAUAAAUUGAUGCUCUUAGUAUAAAAUCUUUAUAAACCUUUUAAAAUACCUUUCCACUGUUUAUUUUUUCUUAAAUUAUUAUUCUAGUUGAAAUUCAGUUUAAGUUUUGUUUUUUAAGACAAAUUGGUAUGUAUUCAUGCAGCCCAGGAUUCCAUGUUAUUUUUAUCUUGUGUUUGCCUUUUGUUAUAUCAUGUUAACGUUAAAAUUGUGCUCUAGCUUUUACAUUUUUUUGUUAGGUGUAUUAUCAUCAUAGACACCCCAUUAUAUUUUAAUUCUUUAAUUUAGGCUUUGCCAUGACUUUUAUCAACCUUAAAAAUAUCAUUUUAGGCAUUUAAAAAAUUAAGUCUGUUGAUAUAAAAAAGUUUCUUUUAGAGAGGCAGUGACUUAGUUCUUAAUAGUAUUGGCGUCAACUAUAAUUUUCUCCUCAUAUACAUAAAAUUGAUCACGUUUCAUUAGAGGCCCAUUAUAUGAGAGGUUUGUUUCUUCUUUAAUUUUUUUAACCGCAUUUGAAUUCAGAGUGGAUG